CAUAGCAGAGGAGCCUGAUGUGGGGCUCGAUCCCAUAACGCCGGGAUCACGCCCUGAGCCGAAGGCAGAUGCUUUAACCGCUGUGCCACCCAGGCGCCCCAUCACUGAGUUUUUGAAAUGUAGUUUCAACUGUAGUAUAAACCAACCCAUCCUGAUGAAUGUGUAAGUACCUUCCUUCAAUAGAUGAUAAUGAAAAUACAAAAGAAAGAGAAGCAGUUGUCAAAUUUAAAAGUUCUGAAUCACUCCCCGAUGUCUGAUGCCUCUGUCAAUUUUGACUACAAAUCCCCCUCCCCGUUUGACCGCAGCACUGAUCAGGAAGAGAAAAUUGAAGAUGUUGCCAGUCACUGUCUGCCUCAGAAGGACCUGUACGCUGCUGAAGAGGAAGCCGAGACCCUUUUUCCUAGGAAAAUGACAUCCCAUAAUGGAAUGGAGGACAGUGGAGGGGGAGGCACUGGAGUAAAGAAGAAAAGGAAGAAAAAGGAUCCCGGAGAGCAAGAGGGUACAGCAAAGGGAAGCAAGGACAGGGAGCCCAAGCCAAAGAGGAAGCGAGAACCUAGAGAGCCAAAGGAACCCCGGAAGGCCAAGGAGCCCAAGAGGGCCAAGGAGCCCAAGGAGCCUAAGCCGAAGGAUGGAGCCAAGAAAGCGCGGAAGCCCCGGGAGGCCUCGGGCACCAAGGAGGCCAAAGAGAAGAGGAGCAGCGCCGACUCCAUAGCCAGGACAAAGUCCAAGAAGGCCAGCAAGGAGCAAGGACCAACCCCAGUGGAGAGAAAGAAGAAAGGAAAGAGGAAAAGUGACACCACAGUGGAGAGUUUAGAGCUGGAUCAGGGCCUGCCGAACUCAUCCCUGCGGAGUCCUGAGGAGUCCACUGAGUCUACAGACAGCCAGAAACGACGCUCAGGACGGCAGGUGAAGCGCAGAAAAUACAACGAGGACCUGGACUUCAAAGUGGUAGAUGACGAUGGGGAAACGAUCGCUGUUCUCGGAGCUGGCCGAACAUCCGCCCUCUCGGCUUCUACACUGGCUUGGCAGGCAGAGGAGCCUCCAGAAGAUGACGCAAACAUCAUUGAGAAGAUCCUGGCGUCUAAGACCGUCCAGGAGGUUCACCCAGGAGAGCCCCCAUUCGACUUGGAGCUAUUCUACGUUAAGUAUAGAAAUUUUUCCUACUUACAUUGUAAAUGGGCCACAAUGGAAGAGCUGGAAAAGGAUCCUCGCAUCGCACAGAAGAUCAAGCGAUUUAGGAAUAAACAAGCCCAGAUGAAGCACAUUUUUACUGAGCCUGAUGAAGACUUGUUCAACCCAGACUAUGUAGAAGUUGAUCGCGUCCUGGAGGUGGCCCACACCAAAGAUGCAGAAACAGGAGAGGAAGUGACGCAUUACCUGGUAAAGUGGUGCUCGCUGCCUUAUGAAGAAAGCACGUGGGAGCUAGAGGAAGACGUAGAUCCUGCAAAAGUUAAAGAAUUUGAGUCUCUUCAAGUUCUCCCUGAAAUUAAACAUGUGGAGAGGCCUGCUUCAGACUCCUGGCAGAAACUGGAGAAGUCUCGAGAGUAUAAGAACAGUAACCAGCUCCGGGAGUACCAGCUGGAGGGGAUGAAUUGGCUUCUUUUUAACUGGUAUAACAGAAAAAACUGUAUUUUGGCUGAUGAGAUGGGCCUUGGGAAAACCAUCCAGUCCAUCACAUUUCUCUCAGAGAUAUUCCUCCGGGGAAUCCAUGGCCCAUUCCUCAUCAUCGCCCCCCUCUCCACCAUCACGAACUGGGAGCGGGAGUUCCGGACAUGGACAGAGAUGAAUGCCAUUGUGUACCAUGGCAGCCAGAUCAGCAGGCAGAUGAUCCAGCAGUAUGAGAUGGUGUACAGAGAUGCACAGGGAAACCCCCUUUCAGGAGUCUUCAAGUUCCAUGUUGUCAUCACAACGUUUGAGAUGAUCCUGGCAGACUGCCCAGAGCUGAAAAAGAUUCACUGGAGCUGUGUGAUAAUUGACGAAGCCCACAGAUUGAAGAACAGGAACUGCAAACUUCUGGAGGGUCUGAAGCUCAUGGCCCUGGAACACAAAGUGCUGCUCACGGGGACACCCUUGCAGAACUCUGUGGAGGAGCUCUUCAGCUUGCUGAAUUUUCUGGAGCCAUCACAGUUUCCUUCAGAGACUGCUUUCUUGGAGGAAUUUGGAGAUCUGAAAACAGAGGAACAGGUGAAGAAACUGCAGUCUAUCCUAAAACCCAUGAUGCUUCGGCGGCUGAAAGAUGAUGUGGAAAAGAACCUUGCUCCCAAACAAGAGACGAUCAUUGAAGUAGAGCUGACCAAUAUCCAGAAAAAGUACUACCGUGCCAUUCUGGAGAAGAACUUUUCCUUCCUGACCAAGGGCGCAAAUCAGCACAACAUGCCCAAUCUCAUCAAUACCAUGAUGGAGCUGAGAAAGUGCUGUAACCAUCCCUACCUGAUCAAUGGGGCAGAGGAGAAAAUUCUGGAAGAUUUCCGAAAAACCCACAGCCCUGAUGCCCCUGACUUUCAGCUGCAGGCCAUGAUUCAAGCAGCGGGGAAGCUGGUGCUGAUUGAUAAACUGCUCCCUAAGCUGAUUGCAGGUGGUCACAAAGUACUCAUCUUCUCCCAGAUGGUGCGCUGUCUCGAUAUCCUGGAAGAUUACCUCAUCCAGAGAAGAUACACCUAUGAGCGAAUUGAUGGGCGAGUACGGGGAAACCUGCGCCAGGCAGCCAUCGACCGGUUCUGUAAGCCAGACUCAGACCGCUUUGUCUUUCUUCUGUGCACCAGAGCGGGAGGCCUGGGCAUCAAUCUCACAGCCGCCGAUACCUGCAUCAUAUUUGAUUCAGACUGGAACCCACAAAAUGACUUGCAGGCUCAGGCCCGAUGUCACCGGAUAGGCCAGAGCAAGGCUGUGAAGGUGUAUCGUCUCAUUACUCGGAACUCCUACGAGCGGGAAAUGUUUGACAAGGCCAGCCUAAAGCUGGGCCUGGACAAGGCUGUUCUUCAGGACAUAAACCGAAAGGGCAGCACCAAUGGAGUACAACAGCUCUCAAAAAUGGAGGUAGAGGACUUGCUCCGGAAAGGUGCUUACGGAGCCUUAAUGGAUGAGGAAGAUGAAGGCUCCAAGUUCUGUGAGGAAGAUAUAGACCAGAUUCUGCAGAGAAGAACCCACACCAUCACCAUCCAGUCCGAAGGGAAAGGGUCUACUUUCGCCAAGGCUAGCUUUGUGGCUUCAGGAAACAGGACAGAUAUUUCCUUAGAUGACCCAAACUUUUGGCAGAAAUGGGCUAAAAUAGCUGAAUUGGACACUGAAGCAAAGAAUGAAAAGGAGAGCUUAGUGAUCGACCGGCCUCGAGUGAGAAAGCAGACCAAACACUACAAUUCCUUUGAGGAGGAUGAGCUCAUGGAAUUCUCGGAGCUAGACAGUGACUCGGAUGAAAGGCCCACGAGGUCCAGACGCCUCAACGACAAAACCAGGCGCUACCUCCGAGCUGAGUGCUUCCGGGUAGAGAAGAACCUACUCAUCUUUGGCUGGGGCCGGUGGAAGGACAUCCUGACUCAUGGGCGAUUCAAGUGGCAUCUGAAUGAGAAGGACAUGGAGAUGAUUUGCCGGGCCCUGCUGGUAUACUGUGUCAAGCAUUACAAGGGGGACGAGAAGAUCAAGAGUUUCAUUUGGGAAUUGAUCACACCUACCAAAGAUGGGCAGGCCCAGACCCUCCAGAACCACUCAGGGUUGUCUGCUCCAGUCCCCAGAGGGAGGAAGGGGAAGAAGACAAAGAACCAGCUGCUGCUCCCAGAGUUAAAGAAUGCAGACUGGCUGGCCACCUGCAACCCUGAGGUGGUCCUCCAUGAUGACGGCUAUAAGAAACACCUUAAACAGCACUGCAACAAGGUACUUUUGCGAGUCCGGAUGCUGUACUACUUAAAAGCUGAAAUACUGGGAGAGGCAGCUGAGAAAGCGUUUGAAGGAACCCCUGCCAGGGAACUAGAAGUGCCUCUGCCUGACAUUGACUACGUGGAGAUCCCAGUGGAUUGGUGGGACGCUGAGGCCGAUAAGUCCCUUCUGAUAGGCGUGUUCAAACAUGGGUAUGAGAGGUACAAUGCCAUGCGAGCAGACCCAGCACUUUGCUUCCUGGAGAAAGUCGGGAUGCCAGAUGAGAAGUCCCUUUCUGCGGAACAGGGUGUUACGGAUGGGACCUCAGACAUUCCUGAAAGAGGCAACAUGGAUAAAGAAGACAACACCGAAGACAAGUUAGAUGGCCUGCAGAAGCAAGUGGAGAGUUCCAGUGAUGGAGGUGAUGGCAUUUUUGGCGAAAAGAAGGAUGACGGCCGGGCAGCCCAGGAUGGCUCCGACCCAGACAAAUCACCCUGGCCAGUUUCCUCUGCUCUCACGGCUCGCCUCAGACGUCUGGUCACUGUGUACCAGCGCUGUAACCGCAAAGAACUUUGCCGACCGGAAAUCCUGGGACCAGGUAACCAAGGAUACUGGGUCCAGGAAGAGAUGUUCAGGAGAACCUCAGAAAUGGAUCUCAUCAACAAGGAAGCUCAAAAGAGGUGGACUAGGAGAGAGCAAGCAGACUUCUACAGAGCGGUGUCCUCCUUCGGGGUUGUUUAUGAUCAAGAAAAGAAAACUUUUGACUGGACACAGUUCCGCAUCAUUUCCCGUUUGGACAAGAAGUCAGAUGAGAGCCUGGAACAUUACUUCUAUAGCUUUGUGGCCAUGUGCCGGAGCGUCUGUCGUCUGCCCACGUGGAAGGGUGGUGGUCCCCCAGAUCCCAGCAUCUACGUGGAACCCAUCACUGAGGAACGGGCCGCGAGAACUCUGUACCGCAUCGAACUGCUGCGGAAGGUCCGAGAGCAAGUGUUGAGGUGUCCGCAGCUGCACGAGCGCCUCCAGCUCUGCAGGCCCAGCCUCUACCUCCCGGUCUGGUGGGAGUGUGGGAAGCACGACCGAGACCUGCUCGUCGGCACUGCCAAACACGGGCUGAACCGCACCGACUAUUACAUCAUGACCGACCCCCAGCUGUCCUUCCUGGACGCCUACAGAAACUACGCGCAGCAUAAGAGACCGGACACCCAGGCACCAGAAAGUCUCUGUUGCCUUUACCAGACCAACUCCAAACUCUACGAAUCUCUCACAUACACUCAGAUGAGCAGGACUUCAGAGCCCCUUGAAAAUGAGCCUGAGAACCUAGUGAAAAUAGAAGGUAGAGAUGACCAUCCCACUCCACCUGGGGCCAGUUUAUCUGACAUGACUUGUGAAAACUUUAUUUCUAAAGUUCAGGAUGUCAUUUCCAUCACCCACGAUGAAAGUCUGCUGCCUGAGUCCUUGGAGGGUAUGAUGUAUGGUAAGAAACCCCUGAGUCAGGAGCCAGGCUCUUUUCAGGAGAGCCCCACUACCAGGACAGAACCCAGAAAGGAUGCUCUGGCCAUCUUGGCAAACGAGGAUGGGAACUGCCAGCCUGGUGGCCGUGAGGCAGAAAUACCUGCAGGCCCCUCUUUUAUGGGCAGUUUGGAAGCAGGAGUAGCUCAGAUGAACAUCAAAAAUGGAAAACAUCUGUUGCUGUCUCUUUCAGGGGAAGGGGAGCUCUGCAGUGAGACAGGGCCGAGGCCUGAAAGCAUCGGGCAGCUAGAAGCCAAAUGCUUAGCUUCCCCUUCCUUGGAUCAAGGAAAUGAAAGUGGGUUUGUCGAUAUGUGCAAUCUUAGUGUCUGUGACUCCAGAAGAAGCCUGUCAUCAGAUCACCAAUUAAUUGAUUUAUUAGAAAACAAAAGUUUAGAAAGUAAAUUGGUUUUGAGUCAGAACCACAGCGAUGAGGAGGAGGAAGAGGAGGAGAAUGAAGAGGAGAACGUAGGCGUGGCCGCAGGCCUGAGGGAAAGGCCUAAGGUUGUGCAUCUGGCCGAGCCCACUGCUGAUAUCCUAAGGGAAAAGAGCCGAGACUUGCCUGUGGAAGAGGCCAAGAGAGGAAGCCUGGAGGCCGUGAGCCAGAACCCUGGACCGCAGGGGGCGUUUCCUCAAGCAGCCUGUCAGUGUCACUGCAAGCAUACGGAGAGGUGGACGCGUGGCCUCGAGAAUGAGGAGUUUGAAGUGGAGAAAUCCAAGGGUUAUAACCCAGAUGUAUACAGAAGCAAAACCAACAGUAUCACAGUGGAGGGUGAGGCCACUACUGCUCCGGCGGAGCCCUCUCAGGGGAAGCACGAGCUGUCCAAAGCGCCUUGGAAGGACAGUGCAGAGGGAAAGAAAGGUCUUCCUGUGUAUCCGGAAGCCAGUGAGCUCAAGUCCGAAGACAUGGAUUUUGAGAGUAAAGAUGAUUAUGACAGAGAUGGGAACGGCCAUGCUCAAGAUUACCCAGGGAAAUACUCUGAAGAGGAGAGCAAAAGCUCGACCUCAGGCGUCGCAGGAGACCUUGGGGAUGACCUGCAGGAGGCUCGGGCUCCCACCAUUGCUCAGCUGCUCCAGGAGAAGACCCUCUUUUCCUUCUCCGAGUGGCCAAAGGAUCGCGUGAUAAUUAACCGCCUGGAUAAUAUCUGCCACGUGGUGUUAAAGGGGAAGUGGCCUUCCAGCCAGCAGUACGAGCCCUCGGGCGCACUGCCCGCGCCGGUGUUAAGCAGCAGCGCGGGUUCUCGGAGCAGCCUCUCAGAGCCAGAGGCGUCAGAACACGGCUUCAGCAGCAGUGCAGCGCUGGUGGCCCAGAUCCAGAAGGAGAGCUUCCUGGCUCCAGUAUUCACAAAGGAUGAACAAAAGCACAGACGUCCCUACGAGUUUGAGGUGGAGAGGGAUGCAAAGGCCCGGAGCCUGGAACAGUUCUCUGCCGCCCACGGGCACCCCCCCAUCGUUCUCAAUGGCUGGCACGGGGAGUCCGCAAUAGAUCUCUCCUGCACAUCAGAGGGGUCCCCGGGAGCCACGUCUCCUUUCCCAGUGAGCGCCAGCACCCCUAAGAUCGGGGCUAUCGGUUCACUUCAAGGAGCCCUUGGCAUGGACUUGUCUGGGAUUCUGCAAGCUGGCCUGAUCCAUCCAGUGACGGGACAGAUUGUCAAUGGAAGCCUCAGAAGAGAUGAUGCUGCCACGAGGAGGCGGAGGGGGAGACGGAAACAUGUUGAAGGAGGGAUGGACCUCAUCUUUUUGAAAGAGCAGACACUUCAGGCAGGAAUCUUGGAAGUCCAUGAAGACCCAGGGCAGGCCCCCCCGAGCACCGAGCACCCUGAAGGGCCCGUGCCUGCCUCUUCGGCUCCCGAGCCAGCCCCAGCAGCCGGCAGCCAGGCCGAGAAAGCCAUUCCCAGCAAGAGUCUGCUUGACUGGCUGAGGCAGCAGGCUGACUACUCCUUAGAGGUUCCUGGCUUUGGAACAAAUUUUUCAGACAAACCAAAGCAGAGGAGGCCACGCUGUAAGGAACCUGGAAAAUUAGACGUCAACUCCCUGAGUGGAGAAGAGAGGGUUCCCACUGUCCCCAAGGAGCCAGGACUAAGGGGGUUUCUCCCAGAAAACAAGUUCAAUCACGCCCUGGCCGAGCCUGUUCUUCGAGAUGCUGGCCCCCGCAGAAGGGGGAGACGGCCUCGGAGCGAGCUCCUGAAGGCUCCUGCCAUCGUGGCGGACUCUCCCUCGGGGAUGGGGCCACUGUUCAUGAACGGACUGAUCGCUGGGAUGGACCUGGUAGGACUCCAGAACAUGAGAAAUAUGCCAGGCAUCCCCCUCACGGGCCUGGUGGGGUUCCCGGCCGGCUUUGCCACGAUGCCCACAGGCGAGGAGGUCAAAAGCACCUUGAGCAUGCUGCCCAUGAUGCUGCCAGGGAUGGCCACAGUGCCCCAGAUGUUUGGUGUUGGGGGCCUCCUCAACGCGCCCAUGGCAACCACCUGCACCUCCCCCGCUCCAGCGCCUCUGUCAAGCACAACAAAAAGUGGUACCUCGGCGACCGAGAAGACUGUAGAGGACAAGCCAAGUAGCCAUGAUGUAAAAGCGGACACAUUGGCUGAAGACAAGCCUGGUCCUGGUCCAUUUUCUGAUCAGUCCGAACCUGCAAUAACUACCAGUAGUCCUGUGGCUUUUAACCCAUUUCUCAUCCCAGGAGUGUCUCCUGGACUCAUUUACCCAUCCAUGUUUCUCUCCCCUGGCAUGGGCAUGGCUCUGCCAGCGAUGCAGCAGGCCAGACACUCCGAAGUGAUCGGUCUGGAGAGCCAGAAGAGGAAGAAGAAGAAAACAAAAGGGGACAGCCUGAACCCCAACCCAGAGCCCGCUCCCGGGUCCGAAAAGGAGCCAGGCAGCGAUCAGAACUGCCCCGAAUCCAGGGCCCCCGGGCCCCCAGAUAGAGAACAUGCGGCCCAGGCCAGGGAAGGGGGCCUCAAAGACUCUAACAGUGACACCAAUUAGAACUUUUUCAUUUAAGAAAUGAUUGUGACUUGUAAGUUUCUUAUCCCAUAAAGGUUUGUUACUUCCUCACUUCACCUUCAUAUGAACCUGUGUUUCCAUAAGUAAUAUUACCUACCUAAUUUUCUGAGAACUGUGGUCACAGAUAUUAAUAGUUGCAGGGUCUUGCCACUUCAUUAGCUGAGUGUCGUCGACCUAGUGUAGGAGGCACAGAAUUCUCAUUCUGUUACCAGUUGUUCAUUCCAGCAGCCGUAGCUGAUACAGUACUUGGUGACACGCCCCCCCUUCUCCUCCAAGUUUCCCACUGAUUUGAGGAGGGACAAUGGCAAAAGAAAGCUGUCUAGGGAUUUACCAUCGGCCAAAGAACAGAGGCCGCUAAGAGCUCUUUUUUCCAUGAGCUGUGUUGAGUGGGAAGCAUGUAAUGGGGAAACCAAAAAGCACAGAAAAAGGAAGUGCUGGUGCAUAUUUUUAGUUCAGAUAUUUCCCUAUUUUAUCAUGAUGACUGAGUAGUAUAGACAGAAAUAUAUAACUAAUGGUUGAAAAUGCAUAUAUUCAUUUCUUUGUAAAACAAAAACCUUACUGGUAGUAACAGGACAUCCCCCUUCAUGGUUUUUCAGACUCGUGCAGCAAGAAGAAAUACUGACUAGCAUUAUUUUAUACAUAUGUUGCUCUCUCCCCCAAGUUAAAGGACCACUCUCAGUAUGAAAAUGCUUUGCACACCUGGAGUUCUUGCCGGCAGUGGGGGCGGGUGUAGGGCUCGCCCUCCGUGGGGCCACACACUGCUCAUAAGCACACGGCUGGCAUCUGCUCACCUUGUUCUCAAGAACCGCUCCGGCCACUACCAGGGCCCUGACGGGUUUUCACCUUGUGCUUCCCUUCACCAAGAAUAAGGCUCUUUCUGGAGCCUGGGAGAGUAUCGUCACUCAACACUUUUACACUUUGCUAGGUCCCUUCGCCAGAAUUAUUUGAGGUUGUCAGAACAUGUGUGUGCCACCUUUUAUAAGACGACUGUGAACAUUUGUUUCUUCUCUCCGUUUUUUUCUCUCUUUGGUUUUCAUUUUGCAGUUGGACCCAGAUUCCAAAUCAAGUUAGCCGAGACUGUUGCAAAUUAACAUCAUUUUUCCCUUCUUCCUCACUCGGGAAGCACCUGCCUGAGGGGCGCUCAUCCCUCUUUCUGUCCCUUCCCACUUGUGUUCCAUCCCUCCCGAGGGUCUUAUUCUUUAUUGACAGUUCACACUCUUGAGACUUGAAAUAAGCUCAUGGUUCAGGACUCUGGGGGCACAGGGCUGUGCAGGACCGUUGGAAAUGUUGGAAGUGUUACGAGUACCAGUUUCACUUUAUGUUGUCACAAUUUACUGUAUUUUUUACUUUUUCUGUUACAGUUUUGCUAAUUUAUCAGAAGGUCCAAAAGUUUGACAUAACUUUCAGUUUGCAUUAUUUAUUUAUGAUGCUUUUGUCAUUGUCUUUUAUACAUUUGGGAUUAUAAAUUAUGUAAAUGUUAAAAUGAGCAUCUCAAAGAAGUCUGUUAAAUUGUGACCGAAAAAAAUCAGUCAGAUGUAUUUUCAAACAGUGGAGUCCCAGCGUUAUGAAUCAGAGAUAAAAAUCAGAAAUUCUUUAACUGAUCAUAUAAGUAUGAAGAAAGAAUCCAGUGAUUGAGUAAAUCCUAUUUAAUGACAUCUUUGUAGCAUAGAUGGUCUGUAAUGCUGACAACAGAUUUCUUAGAAAUGCUGCUCUCUAUUUAACUAACAUUUUGUUCAGUUUUGCCUCCAGUGGAAGCAGAAAGGGUUUUUUCAGCUGUUAAAUCCUAAAAAUCAAUAUAAUUUAUUUAUGUAAAAAAAAAAUCACUCAAUCGAUAUAUUUUUGAACCUUUUAAGUACUAAUUUUCUUUUUAUCAAGUAGAAAAAAAUGUAUUUGCCCUAAAUCCUUAAAAUACAAAUGCUAUAAAAAUUCAUGUAUCUUGAAAGCCUUACUGCAAAUGAGUAUUAUAGACAUCCAGCAGAGCCUGGGUUUCCCUUUGUUGUCGUCGUUGUUGUUUUGUAUGGAAAAGCUGCUUUCCCCAGGUUCCACUUAGAACCUCCAGUAGGUCACAGGGUUCAAUAUGGAUUUGAUUUAAAAACCCACCAGCAUGCUAAACCCCUUGUUAUAUCUUACCGAACCUGUAUGUUACCUCUCUGGGUGUUUAGGCUUCUAUUUGACUGCUAUUGUGUCCCUGUUUGCGAAAUGAAAAUGACACUCUGUGGAUUAUUUGCUCUGUAAGGCAGAAGUGCUGCUUAUGAUUAUUUUGACGUUUCCAAGAGCAAAAGCCAAAUUUAAACUCUCUUCAGCAAACUUGAGCCUUUUCAUCUAAAUUCCAUGUCACUCACAGCCAUAACUUUCCUUGGUAAUUCUUCACCCUGUGUCUCACAUAAUAAAUUGUCUGUGGUCUUGAUCCUGGAUUUAAAAAAAAACAAUUUUAAAAGUCAAAUUCAG